AUGGCCUUGGAGCCGCAAUCUCUGGCUGAGCUCUUGGCGCAGGACAUCCGGAAGCUGAUGAUCCUCGAGCCCAAGGAGAGCAGCAAGGCGGCCAAAGCGAACUCGCUGGCAUUGCUGGCUGCAGGGACCAAUCUUGUCUAUGGUUUCGCUUCAGUGAAGCCUUCAGCUGUGUCGACUUCGUCGACUUCGUCGUCGAGUUUCAACCUGCUGAUAUAUGAGCCUCGCAUCUUUAUACGACCUCUUGAACGUGACAGGCCCGAAUACCAGACAGAAAAGGUUCUGUGCCUGACAGAGGAGGAGAAGAAGCAAUUGCACAAGCGCCCGUCCCGCCCCGGAGCUCCGGACCUCCGACAGUCCCUCCUGGACGACAUGACGUCGCUGGCACGGCGCUUUUUACCACCCAAGAAACACGGCUCUACCCUGAAGCUCAUGGGCAAAAUGUUAGCGGAAGCAGACGAUUUCUGGCCGGUGCCCGUGGACGACAAUCCUGAGGUCCAGGAGAUCCUGUCGGCGGUGAUUGCCUUUAAGGAACCCGGGCAGCGGAGAUUUUAG